AUGGCUUCUCCACAGCGGGGAAACAAGCUCCUUUGGAAGAGCGCAGAGCAGAAGCGCUCUUCAAUUGAGACUUGGAGGGGGGACUCAACUAAUCUGAGCACUUCCUAUGCAACAGAGAGAGGGAGGAGGAUCUCUAGGCCCAGCAAGGGGGGGGCAGAGGCUGGGAAGAUCAGCCCCCUGAGGCGGAAGUCGCAAGUUGAGGGAGAGUCAGCGGACGCUGUCCGGGGAAAGCAUGGCACCAGCAAUGCUGCUCAAAGGCAAAUCAAGCGGAAGGAUUCAGAGGACAUCUCAAGCCUGCUCAACAGGGGGGCCAAGGCUGGUCUGUUUCCAGCCCCCCAGAGCGCGCAAACCAUUCCGAGGGUGCCUCUAAGUGCCAGAGGGGCGGGCGCAGCUGGGAAGAAGGAGGAGGCUGGGAGCCUGACUUCCCGGACGCACAGCAAGUUUGUGGACAACAUUCUGAGCGUCCGGAAGCAACGCCAAGCGCAGGGGCCGUCCGAAGGAGUUGCUGACGUCAGCAGGUCGCUCGUGAAGGACCUCCCCCGGCUGAACCUGUCGUCUCUGAAUCCGCUCCAGGGGGGAGCGAGCAGCUACCGAGGCAGUGCCAGCAAGGCGGGGGUGAAUGGAAGGUACGGCACUGCUGAGGGUUCCAAGGAGUCUGCGAGGGCAGCAAAGCUGAUCAGCGCUUAUGGGGAGAGCAAAGGGGGUGCGAGAAAGAGCAGGAUAGUGGUGGAAGAAGAGGAGAGCGAUUCGGACAGCGACUGCGCAAGCAGCGAGACGUCCGACUCUGAAAGUGCGUCCGAACGAAAGAAGGGGGUCAGACGAAGCAGGCAGGCGCGGCCCAGCACAGGAAAGGGCCCUGCAAAGGCAAAGGACGAUCCUGCAGGGCUUGGCAAGAAGGCGGUGGCAGCGACGGGGACACAAAACAGGGCCUUGGAGUCGGCCCGAGGCAAGAAGAAGGACGAGUCUAGUGACGUCAGCGAAGCGAAAGCCCCUGUCGUGAGGUGGCCGCCGCCGGAGGUGACGUCACCACCGGUGGCUGGGUUGAGAGAUGGAGAGGGAAAAUCAAGGACGGAAGGGGUGUUGAAGGAAGAGAAAAGCGGGGCGAGUUUACGGUCGAGCAGGGACCGGUUGAAAGGGCAGGAGGGUGGUGAUCCAGGAUCGCCUGCAGGGUCUGCGUCGGAGCGGAACGGGAGCGAUGGGGGAACGCCAAGACGGAAAACGACCGGAUUAGGGGGCGGAAGUGAGAGCGGCACGCCAAAGAAGAGCCUGGCUUUGGGGUUGAGGGAAAGGACUGGAGAGAACCCCGAGAAGACUACAAUGGGAAAGGAGGCAAAAAGUCCAAGAGAGGGUGGAGCAACCGAAACGUCCAAUGCGAGGAGCAAAGUCGAAGGAGACAACACGGCGACAGAUGUGAAAAUGCGCGCGAUUGCGGCGAACCUGGCGCUUAACCUGGGUUUCGGGAGCAAUCCAACGGACAUAGCGCAGACGUCGAGGGUUCAUCAGGCUGCUCGUAAGGAGAACGAACAGUUGUCCCUAACGGCCCGCCCUAUGAGCUCAAAACCGGUCGGAGACUGGAGUGCAGACAAAAAGAAGAGUGCCAAGACGCCGCCUCCCAAGCCCCCGUCAGGGACUGCGUUGACUCCCGCAAGCGUGUUGAAGAACUACCCCGACAGCCUCGUCGACUACGAGCAGUCCGAGAUCCUCCAGUACUCGUCCGUCUACUUUUUCGGACCGGACGCGGACAAGGUGCAGGCAUCCGCGACGCCCGGGGCGUGCAACUACGGCUACGAUGAUGACCGGGGGGACUACCAUGUGCGCGAGCGGGACCACCUGGCGUACCGGUUCGAAGUGAUGUCAGUGCUUGGGAAGGGCAGCUUUGGGCAGGUGUUGAAGUGCGUGGACCACAAGGGCGGCGGGUGCAUUCGAGCGGUAAAGAUCAUCCGGAACAAGAAGCGCUUCCACCAUCAAGCGCUGGUCGAGGUCAAGAUCCUCAACUUCCUCAAACAGAAGCAAGAGGAGGAGGGCGAGGAGUGUAACGUGGUGGUGAUGCACGACAGCUUCUACUUCCGCGGCCACCUGUGCAUCAGCUUCGAGCUGCACAGCCUGAGCCUCUACGACUUCCUCAAGAACAACAACUUCCAGGGCCUCUCGCUAGGGCUGAUCCGCCGGUUCGCCACGCAGAUACUGUCAUGUCUGAAGCUGCUGCGGCGAGUGAAGAUUGUGCACUGCGACCUGAAGCCCGAGAACAUCCUGCUGCGGAGCGCCAACAAGAGCGCGAUCAAGGUCAUCGACUUCGGCAGCAGCUGCUUCGAGCACGAGCGCAUCUACACCUACAUCCAGAGCCGCUUCUACCGGUCGCCCGAGGUGAUCCUGGGCGUCCCGUACGAUAUGGCCAUCGACAUGUGGAGCUUUGGAUGCAUCCUCGCGGAGCUGUACACCGGCUAUCCGUUGUUCCCGGGCGAGAACGAGGCGGAGCAGCUCGCGUGCAUAAUGGAGGUCCUCGGCGUGCCCCCCAAGUCGGUGCUCGACAUCUCGGCGCGCAAGAAGAUGUUCUUCGACCCGUCCAACAUUCCUCGCAUCGUGGCCAACUCGUGGGGAAAGAAGCGGCGGCCGGGGACCAAGGACCUCGCGGCCGCGGUGCGGUGCGCCGACGGCGCGUUCGUCGCCUUCCUGCAGGAGUGCUUCCGCUGGGACGCGCGCGAGCGCUGGUCGCCGGAAGAAGCGCUGCAGCACCCCUGGAUCCAGGAGGAAAAGCCGCCCCCCCCUCCGCAGUCCGCAAGGACACGUGCCUCCUCGGCGCAUUCACACCGGCAGCCGUCGCCACGUGGCGUUCCGACCCCGGUCGUGAAGCGGUUGGACAUGAGUUUAGUUAACCAGGCCAAGAUCCUAGACCUGACCGCCCCGGAGAGGAAGCUGUCUGCCCGGGGCGCGAGAAAACUGCAAGGGGGGACGGAUGCCAAGGCGAUGCUACCCCCGAUCGCGGCAGACGGAGGGGACCUGACGGCCCGAAGUAGCUGGCGGAAACGGGUGGUGUAA